GAGAACGUGAUCACUGACCAGGAUUGCUUGGAGGUUGAUACGUCAAAUGUGGAGGAUGGACAUUCAUAUUAUAUUUCUGUGAAGGCCGUCAACGGUGCAGGUCUGUACACUCUGUCCUCAUCACGACCUCUGGUUGUGGACACCACGCCUCCAUCUACUGGCCACGUCUAUGACGGAGUACAGUCAGCUGCCUCACAUGAUGACAAAGACAAGGACUAUAUCACCAGUGUCUCAGAGAUGGCAGCCUACUGGGAAGGCUUCGACGAUCCUCAUUCAAGUGUCGCCAUUUACAAGGUCAAAGUCGGGACCUGCAAAGGCUGUGACGACAAACUGGAAGAGAUAGAGUUUGGAAAUUCAAAAAACAUCAGCCUCCAGCACAUCCUGCUCUCCCCAGGAGUGGAGUACUUCACCACAGUGACAGCCUGUAACACAGCAGGCCUCUGCAGCAGCUCCCCCACGUCAGACGGUGUGAUCCUGGACGUCUCCCCACCAGUCCUAGGAACAGUGCAGGAUGGCACAGGCGACGUGGACAUACAGUUCCAGGCGACGAGGUUAAUGUUCCAGUUAUACAUGAAUAAUGUAAUGUUGAUUAGGGAAAUGUUGUGUGAACUUUAUUGUUUUUCAACCACUUUACCUGCCUAAACCCUUGUUUCAGGACAUUUCUGGGAUGCAAAUGGCGGGGCUUCCACGACCCUGAAUCUGGUUUAGACCACUAUGAAUGGCGUGUAGGAACAACACCAGGAGGUGAUGAGAUUCUGGCAGCCAGGAAUGCAGCCCCGGGGGAGGUCAUCUUCCACAUCUUCCCACGUGACCAACAGCUGCCAUUUGGGCAGAUGAUCUACAGUACUGUCCGAGCGUUCAACAAAGGAGGAUUGCAUUCGGAAACGACGUCCAAUGGAGUUACGAUAGACAACAGCGCACCUGUUGUUGUGACCUCACCGACGGCGAGAGACGGGGUUUCUUCCGUUGUUGCCAACACUACAAUCAGUCGGACAGCUCUGAGCCUACACUGGAAGUUCCAAGACGUUGAGUCCUCCAUAGAACGCCAGUGCCUCUCCUUAUCAUCUCACCUGUUUGGAGAGAUAGAUAGUUCUAAUCUUAAGAUUCCAGGUUUUAUUCGGGAAUACACAUACACAAAUCUGGACUUGCACGAUGGAAGUAAAUACAAAAUGAAGGUCACAGCUUGCAACAUGGCGGGCCUCUGUACAACAGCAGCUACUGGGGAUAUUUUGGUUGACAGCUCUAAACCCAAAACAGGAUCCUUCGCCAUAGAAACCGACCACGGCAGGAAACUCUAA